GGACAAACAAAGGCGUACUCCGCAAAGAAAAGAAAGGUGCGGCGACAGAUGGAUAUAAGUGGAAUUACUUGUGCCAACUCAUGUGUGCGAACAUUACGUACACACGACCGGCUUUCGGUUUUGUGUGCGUGCGUGUGUGUGUUUGUGUGCAUGCAAGCGCCCGUGCAGACACGUUGCUCAGGAAUGGAGCGCAGCCGCGUGUGGUAAGAGGAUCAAUAGGUUUUAGCAGAGUGGAGAGCGAAGGCAUGCCUCUUACACAGGGUCAGGACAUCCCACGCAGGAGGAGGCGAGAAGCAGAGAUAGGCUCAGAUGGUUCAUUGUUGUUUUGUUUUUUUUCUUUCACCUCCCUCCCUCUUCUCUCCCUUCCUAUUUCCUUACUUUCCUCUGCGGGAUGUUGAGAAAGUAAGCGAGACAAAGCAGAGCGCUUUGCAACAUGCUCGGUCACGCAAAUGCCACUCCUCCUCCUCCUCCUCCUCCUCCUCCUCAUCCCGCCGCUGCCGCCCGUCAGCUGUUCUCCAGAGGAAUGACUCCCUGAAGCCGGCUCACCAUGUGGAUGCAGGGCAGUCAUUUCCAGACCUUUGCCGGAAGGAUACCGAGGAAAAAAGGAGCGGCGGUGGCGGCGGCCCCAGAGGGCUCGGCGUGGGUGGCCGCACUGCUGGGAGUCCAUACGCUGCAGUUUUUACACUCGGAUCUAAUCUGCCUUUGAAUAGUGGCUUUUUGUUUCCAUGAAUUUGAUGGUGCUAGUCCAUUUUUAAGUGCUUUUUUUAUUGCGACCAAAGACUUCUAUUUAUAGCUUUUUGCUGGACUCGCCUGGUUUACUGGAGCAUGGGACACCACUCAUGAUAGUGGUGCACCCUGUGGGUCUUCGCCCGUGGAUAGAAUCUUAGAAUCCGAAUUGGGAAAAAAAAAAAGCUGAGUCAGCCUCAGCAUGAAGCUCGGACUGUGUCCAGGUGUAUCCAGUGACAGAACCAUGAAGCACCUUAGCCGCUUUCCCUUUAGAAGACACUCGUGGAUAUGUUUUGACGUGGACAAUGGAACAUCAUCAGGUCGCAGCCCCCUGGACCCGAUGGCCAGUCCAGGAUCGGGCCUCAUCCUGCAGGCCAACUUUGUCCACAGCCAGCGGAGGGAGUCGUUCUUGUACCGCUCAGACAGCGACUACGACCUCUCUCCCAAGUCCAUGUCCCGAAACUCCUCCAUCGCCAGUGACAUCCAUGGUGACGACAUGAUUGUAACGCCAUUUGCACAGGUCCUUGCCAGCCUAAGAACUGUAAGGAAUAACUUUGGUGCAUUAACCAACCUGCAGCAAGACAGAGCAUCUAAUAAGAGAUCACCCAUGUGCAACCCACCACCCAUCACCAAGACCACCUUUACAGAGGAGGCCUACCAGAAACUGGCCACUGAGACUCUGGAGGAGCUUGACUGGUGCCUGGACCAGCUGGAAACCCUGCAGACCAGACACUCGGUCAGCGAGAUGGCCUCCAAUAAGUUCAAGAGGAUGUUGAACCGGGAACUGACUCACCUGUCAGAGAUGAGCCGUUCUGGGAAUCAGGUGUCUGAGUUCAUCUCCAGCACUUUCCUAGACAAGCAGCACGAGGUGGAGAUGCCUUCACCUCAGUCUCAGAAGGACAAGGAGAAGAAGAACAAGCCCAUGUCUCAGAUCAGCGGCGUGAAGAAGCUGCAGCACUCGUCCAGCCUCACCAACUCCAACAUCCCUCGCUUUGGCGUCAAGACGGAGACGGAGGACGAGCUGGGCAAGGAGCUGGAACACGUGAACAAAUGGGGCCUUAACGUUUUUAAGAUCUCGGAAUUCUCCGGGAAUCGGCCACUGACAGUCAUGAUGUACACCAUAUUCCAGGAGCGAGAUUUGUUAAAAACCUUUAAAAUUCCACUGGACACCUUUAUCACCUACCUGAUGACCUUAGAGGACCACUAUCACGGCGACGUGGCCUACCAUAACAAUAUCCACGCCGCUGACGUCACACAGUCCACCCACGUGCUGCUCUCCACGCCUGCGCUUGAGGCGGUGUUCACGGACCUGGAGAUCCUGGCCGCCAUCUUUGCCAGCGCCAUUCACGACGUCGACCACCCUGGAGUGUCAAACCAGUUCCUCAUCAACACCAACUCUGAGCUGGCGCUGAUGUACAACGACGCAUCCGUGCUGGAGAACCACCAUCUGGCCGUUGGAUUCAAGCUCCUGCAGGAGGAGAACUGCGACAUCUUCCAGAACCUUACCAAAAAACAACGACAAUCACUGCGCAAGAUGGUCAUCGACAUUGUGUUGGCUACUGACAUGUCCAAGCACAUGAAUCUACUGGCUGACCUGAAAACCAUGGUGGAAACCAAAAAGGUGACCAGCUCGGGAGUCUUGCUUCUCGACAACUACUCGGAUCGGAUACAGGUCCUGCAGAACAUGGUGCAUUGCGCCGACCUGAGCAACCCCACGAAGCCCCUGCAACUGUACAGGCAGUGGACCGACCGCAUCAUGGAGGAGUUCUUCAGCCAGGGCGAUCGCGAAAGGGAGCGAGGCAUGGAAAUCAGCCCUAUGUGCGACAAACACAACGCCUCCGUCGAAAAGAGCCAGGUGGGUUUCAUCGACUACAUUGUGCACCCUCUGUGGGAGACGUGGGCCGACCUGGUACAUCCGGACGCUCAGGACAUUUUGGACAUGCUGGAGGACAACCGGGAGUGGUACCAAAGCACCAUCCCCCAAAGCCCCUCGCCCGCCCUGGGUGAGCCCGAGGAUGGCGGGAGGCACCCGGGCGGGGACAAAUUCCAGUUCGAGCUGACGUUGGAGGAGGACGGCGAGUCGGACACGGAAAAAGAUAGCGGCAGCCAGCCGGAGGAGGAGGAUGAAGAAGAAGAAGAGGAGGAAGAGGACGAGGAGGAGGAAAACAGCUGCACGGACUCCAAAACACUCUGCACGCAGGACUCGGAAUGCACUGAGAUUCCCUUGGACGAGCAGGUGGCGGAGGAAGAGGAGGUAGUGGAGGAGGGGGACACGUCCUGCUCGCAAACGUGUGUGGUGGAGGAGGAGGAAGAAGAGACGGUCGUGGAGGGGAAGGAAGAUGAGGAGGAGGAGGAGGAAGUGAAAACUCCUGACACAUAACAGCUUUGGGAGUGACGAACUGCUCUUCUUAGUAAUGAUUAUUUAUAGAAUUUUUAUUUUUUUUGGGGGGGGGGUGUUAUGUUUUUAUCUGACUUGUAUGUUCCCCUUCUGCCGUGUUCUGACACUUCUUUUAAAGGAGCCGUCAACUCAAAAAAUGUCUUUAUUGUCAUAUGUUCUCUGCAGCCCCACGAGUCUAAACAUGGCAUUGUGAUUAAUAUUGCGCUUUUUGGAGUAUGACUUGAGCAGAAAAUCCGCCUGUAUUUAUCUUGGGGGGGGGGGGGCAUUUUGCCUUGUACUGCCAUUUGCUGUUGACUGAAAAUGACAUCACAGUGCCGAAGGGCUUCGCUUACGACUGUCAUGGCUCAGCUAAUUUCUCAGUCACGUGACAGUCGGCAAGUUGAGCUUCUUCGGAUCUGUGAUGUCAUUUUCAGUCGACAGCAAGUGGCAGUCCAAGGCAAAAUGGCCGCCCCAUGAGAUGGGCAAUAACAGGUGGAUUUUUCUGCUUAAUUCAUGUUGCACAGAUGCAAUAUUAAUCAGUGAUAAUGUUUAGACGAGUUAGGGUGUAUAAAACGUAUGAUGGUGAAGACAUUUUUUUGGACUUGAUUUUCCGUUCAAGCCUGCUCUAGACUGUAGCACACAAGUGAAAGAUGACGAUGCAAAAUUUCACGCAUACUCUCACGAGGCCAUUCGAAACGUGUUCGACUCCACUUGACUCCGAAAGUCCAAAAUGUUUCGGAGGGGAGCCCUGGCUCGGCACGAUUGGGGCAUGAACAUGCAAUGCCGGCGUGUCAUACGAUUAGACUGCACAAUACAAAAAAAUAAAAUAAGUCAAUCAAGAACAAGUACAUAUCAACAGAACAACUAGUAGAAAUCAACAACAACAAAUGUCACACGCUUGCACAAAUGCAAUGCAGAGUCAUGUAAUUAACGUGAACGCUUCCGUCACCAGUUAAUUCUAACCGCCACUUUGCACCGCACAAAUCAAUGGAACAAUUAGAAAUAAUACAGUGAGCUAAAAAAAAACUUAGUCAAUAGAAUCAAACAAAAGGGGUGCAAAUCAUCCACCAAGUUGCUCCUCAUACCAGUUCACCGCCACUUUGCCCAUUAGAAAUGAAAAAGGAUGACGAGAAAUAAUCCACAGAAUCAAGAGGGAGAAACAAAUUGGGGCAAGUGCGGCCACGGUUUCAAAUGGCCUUUCGACUGCAAAAAGCCCUACAGUACGGAUCAGGCUUCAGCCGCCACCCAGCACACGUGAGCGCUGCUCAAACAUGCCAAGUGCACGUCUCGUUUCAACAUGUCAACUCAAUGGUACUCGGUCACUUUUUUUCUUUUUUUUUUUUUUGCACUCAGGAAAACUUUGUAUUCCUGUUCACGCUGAGGUGCCGUAUGUCCAUCCUCUGUUCUUCUUCUUCUAUGUCUGCGUGUGUGUGGUUGUGUGUGUGUGUGUGUGUGAUGGCCUUCGGAAACAUAUUACGGAUGUGGAAGUCUUCCUUGGAAAGCAGAGGGAUGCUGUCUGUGUCUUGUUGACUUCUGAUCUUUUCUACACUUUUGUUUUACUGAGUGAGAGCAUAUGAUGUCUAUUUUUUUUUCCUCUCUCUCUGUGUGUGUGUGAGACUCUCGUGAGGCGUUUGCACUUGCUCCGAUAGCAUUUAUACUCCUUAAUAUACUCCCACUCAGCUAACUUGCUCGGACUUUUAUGAUUAGCUUUUCUUUCGAUGGCGGAGGAAGUGAACUGAAAAAAACAAACAAACAAAAAAAAAUAAGUUGAAGUGGGGUGAAGCCUUUAAAUCUUCUUGUUGCCUACCGUUCUUUUUGAACACAUCCUGAAACAAUGCAAUGCUUUGUAGUCCAUAAAAUGAAAAAUAAGCACUUUUUUUUUUUUCUU